GUAAGACAAAAGGAAAAGGUAUCUUUAAAUGAUGGAUUACCUAAAAUAGAACCUAGAAUAGUAAUAGAAGAACUUAAAAGUCAUUUAUACUCUGAUGAUAACUUUAAAAAGUAUAAGUUACGAAAAUGAAGAUAGAUUAUUUUCAGAUGCAGAAGAUAAGAAAUAUAGAGAAAACUUUUAAUUAUUUGAUAGAGAUGGGGAUGAAAGAAUAAGUUUUUUUGAAUUGCAAGAAUUAUUGACAUCUAUUGGUUAUAUUUAUGAAGAAUAAGAAUUGAGUGAAUUAUAUAAAGAACUUGAAGAUUCUGAAGGAUAGGGAAUAAGAUCUGAUGCAUUAUUUAUAUUAGUAAGUAAGAAGAAACGAGAAUAAGAUAGAGAAGAAUAACUAAUUGAAGGUAUAAUAUAGUAUUAUAAUUAUAUAUUUUAGCUUUUAAGUCUGUUGAUCUAGAAAACACUGGAUAUAUUUAGAGUGAAUAUUUUAAAGAAUUACUUAUGACAAUGGGUUAUAGAUUUACAGAAGAUGAGGCUGAUGAAUACAUGAAAUUUAUUGAUCCUAAAAAUGAAGGAAAAUUCCUAUAUAUAGAUAUUGUUAAAAAAAUACUUAAAUGA